AUGGAAGGCCUCGCCCUUAUACAGGGUCUAAAAAUAGCUAUACAACAAAAUAUCAGGCCACUAGUGGUUGAAACAGAUUGCUAUGCCCUAGUCAAUAUGCUUACUAACGAUAAUGGUCUAUAUCAAAAUUUGAUUACUGAUUGCAGAUGGAUGUUUAGUAGAGCAAGAGAGCCACAGGUCACUCACGUCUUCAGGGAAGCUAAUGGAGUGGCUGACAUUCUGGCAAAGCAUGGAAGCAACUCGAACUUUUUUGGAAAUCUUAUGUUGUACUUCUCCCCGCCCCCUUUUGUUGUUUCUACUUUUGAACUGGACAAGCUAGAAACCUUGUGUCCUAGAAUAGUCCCAACUU